AUGAAGUUCGCUUCAGCUGUUCUUCUGGCACUCAGUGCUGUAACUACUGCACUUGCCGCUUCGUUUACCAAUCCGUUGAGAGCAAAAGAUGGCUCAGAUCCAUUCAUCGUUUACUCUGGAGAUGGCUACUACUAUCUCUUGACCACUGAGUGGACCAACAUUCAAGUCACAAGGUCGAAGACACUUGGUGGACUCAAGACUGGAGAGACCAAAGUCGUGUGGCAAGACAGCACUGCGUCGCGUUGCUGUAAUGUAUGGGCUCCUGAAGUUCAUUGGAUCAACAACGCGUGGUAUAUAUACUACAGUGCCUCGAACAAGGAUGACCUUGGUACCCAACGCAUCCACGUCCUCAAAGGUGGAUCUGCUAUCUUUGGUACCUACACCUACGCUGGUCAGCUCUUCAACGAAUGGAGUAUCGAUGGCACCGUUCUUCGCUUCUCCGACAAAAACUAUUUUGUGUAUUCCUGCCAACGAACCAACCUCCAAUCUCUCUGUAUCGCUCCCAUGAACUCACCAACUUCCGUCGGGACCGCCAAAACGUUGUCACAACCUACUUUUGCUUGGGAGAAGAUUGGCGAAUUUCCUGUCAACGAAGGGCCUGCUGCGCUCUACCACGGUGGAAAGACAUUCUUGACAUACUCGGCAAGCUACUGCUGGACAAGCUCUUACCAACUCGGUCUUUUGACCUACAAGGGUAGUGGUGACCCUACUUCUUCUGCUAGCUGGACCAAGAGCGGUCCUGUCUUUAGUUCUGCCAAUGGUAACUAUGGCACUGGCCACAACGGCUUCUUCAACAGCCCCGAUGGUAAGGAGGUCUGGAAUGUUUAUCACGCUACUGCAAACUCCGCCGGGGCUUGCGAUGGUAAUCGUUACACUGAAGCACAAAGAGUGGACUGGAACUCUGACGGUAGUCCCAACUUCGGCAAGGCAGUGAAGCUUGGUACAUCACUCAACGGACCUUCUGGUGAGUAG